AUGGUGAUAGAAUCCGGAGUGCGGGGAUCUCCAGAGUGUUAUCAGGAAAAGUAUCUGGAGAUGUUAUCUGCGAAGGUUGCGAUGUUCGGAGAGGUUCGUAAGAGAGACCUCUGUGAUCGGCAGCAGGAAGUCCGUCCAAUAGUUAUCGUUGACUCCAAGGUGAAGACUCCUUUGAAUUACUCAGGACUCCGGCCUCACGCCGAUGGGGGAGCCUCGGGGUCGUCCUCGUGCGUCCCAGUUGUCCGGUGGAGGACCACCGUCACCACAGUUCCUCUAAUAGUCCGCACGGUCCUGUACGGCAGCUGCGUGAAGGCUCGGCACGGCUUCGCGCGUGCCGACUCGCCUCGCCACGCUUAUCGCACCUUUGCGUGGAUCUCUCGCUUACCAGGAAAGAAGCAGUUCUCUUUGGUGCAAAUUAGGUCCCAAGGUCAAGAAAUGAGUGGAACACAGUCGAAGAGCAGGAAGUUCAAAGUUCCCGAGCUCAAUGCGCUUCUGCAGAAAGUGAGCGAACCGAACUGGAAGAGAGUGCUGCUGGGGGAAGUGACGAGCGAAAACCCCCGAUCGGGCCAGGUGCAGCUCUGGAAGAAGGUGGCCGGUCACGUCCAGUACGUGACUGGCGUCCCGCGGUCGGGCGAGGAAGUGGAGAAGAAGUUCAACGGCAUGAAGCGGGCGGCGGAGAAGAAACUGAAGGGAGGACAGAAGCUCCUCGAAGUGGACUCGAAGGUUCUGGAGAUUUGCGGAAAGUCCGACGCUGUGGGACGUGAAGAUGAAAUGAGAUCGGGAUCUUCCUCAGAACCACCGUCGGAUGCUUCCGGUCAGAAAAGAACGGAUGGCAGCGAAGGAGACGUUUCCAAACCUUCAACUUCUCGCAAGAGGGAAUCGUCCCCCGCGAAGCCCCACGCGUCCAAGGUCCCGCGGAGGAGCCACGAAGCGGAGCGAAAUCAAGAAAGUUCCUGGGCGGUCAUCGAGUUGCUGGAGGAAAUACUCAAGGGGAUCAAGGGAUUGAGGGAGGAUUUCGCGAACGAUCGCAACUCGACGUAGAAGAGAAAUGGAGCCGACGGACUUUUCUCACUUCCCAAUCUGGAGA